AUGAAGUUCAUCACUGCUUUGCUUCCCCUCAUUGCCGGGGCCUCAGCCUCUUGCAUCCCCAGCAGCCCUGUCGUGCGCCGUGCAGCAGAUGGUCUGGUCGACGCCAACAAGUUCAAUUACACCAACCUCGGAGGCCCCCUGAACUGGUAUGGUCUUGACGAGGCCAACGAGGCCUGCUCCAAGGGAAACCACCAGUCGCCCAUUGUCAUUGAUAGCACUGUCAUCGAGUAUGCUGCAUCGGGUUCCCUCAAGCUCAACCUGCCCCAGGCCAACGGCGCCAAGUUCGAGAACUUGGGCUCCGGUCUCCAAGUUACCUUGACCAAUGGCUCGCUGGUAGCCAACAACAAGACCUACACUCUGGCCCAGUUCCACUUCCACACCCCCAGUGAGCACCGCGUCAACGAGGAAUACUUCCCGAUGGAAGCCCACUUUGUCUUCCAAACUACCACCAAGGAAACUGCCGUCGUCGGCUUCUUCUUCCAGCUCUCCGAGUUCGGCUACUCGGUCCCCCUCUUCGACUCUGUUUUCGCUCACAUUGAUAACAUCGCCGAUGCCGGCACUUACACUACCACUGGUCAAUUGGACUUCGACGGCCUUCUUUCUCACUUCACCCGUCACGGAGUCUACCAGUACACCGGUUCCCUUACCACUCCUCCUUGCACUGAGGAGGUUGCAUGGUAUCUCAGCACCGAGCCUCUCCCGCUUAACGUGCAGAGUUACAACAAAGUCAAGAAGAUCCUUAAGUACAACGCGCGUUAUACUCAGAAUGCUCUGGGUGAAGACAACCUCUUGGAGGUUGCUGCCCACGAAUUGAACUGA